GCGACCAGGCGGGCACAUCCCGACCUGAUCGGGGACAAUGGUCUUUUUGCUCGCACCCGGCAGCAGGCCAUUGCCGGCCAGCUCGGAGAGCAGGGGAUUGCUCAAGGGGAGGGGAACAGCAGCGUUCAGCAGAGUGGAGUGAAGGGGCACGGUCAUGGAGGCAAGUUGCAGUACCAGCUGCGCAUUGCUACAUGCAAUGCCUCUUCCAUGCUUGAGAACACUGCGUUCCGCCAGAGCCGUGCUCAGCACCUUAGGCUGCAGAUGCAGCACAAUGGGGUGUCGAUCCUCGGG